UUCUCUCUCCUCUGCCCAAUCUUCUACUUCGUUGUUUUCUCUCUCUUAAAACCGCCAUUAAACUUCCUGCAACCACCUCAAUCAACUUUCUCUCUCUUCAAACCGCUACUAAUCUUCAUUAUUAAAGCUGAAUUUCCACAAAAUAUCAAGAGAAGAAAUCUGUGACUUCUUUUUACUGAAAAAAAAGAGAAAAAUGGAUGUUCGUGACGAAAUUGACAUGAACAAGCUUCAAAAUCCACCGAAAAGCAAAAAAAAAACGAAGAUGCCGAAAGAAAAAAAGGAAACGACUGGAAGAUCUAGUGAAGAGCAAAAAAUCGGGAAUGCAAAGCAACUAGACAUGAAGGAAACUGGAAAAUACGAAAUUGAGAAGGAAAUUGAAGCUGAAAAGCAAAUAGACACAUUCCAAGAACAACCACAAAGGUUAAUACUCAAAUUUAAGCGAAGACCAACUAAAUCCCAGCCAGAGGUUCAGAAAGUAUUAAGUGAAGGAGAUGGGAAGGCAUGUACAACUUCUGAGACAGAAGUUCAAAAACCAUUGAGUGAAGGAGAUAAGAAAUCUUCGUCAAAAUCACAGCCUGAAGUUCAAAAAACAUCAAGUGAAGAAGAUCAAGAAGAGUCUUCAAAAUCUUUGGUACAAAGAAAGAUUGCUACAAAAAAUAGGGGCAACAACUUACUGAAACAACUUUUAGCAAAGAGCAUAAAGCAGAACAACAAAAAAAAGGCUGCACAAAUGGUAGCUGCAGCUGCUGCUGCUGCAAUGGCCAGCAAAGAAGCUGACAAAAGGAUAGAUACAGCUGCCGUUGCAGCACAAAUAGAAGCUGAGAAAAUGGCACCUGCAGCUGAUGCAGAAGACAAAAGAGUCGCUCAGGAAAAGGCGUCUGCAGCUGAGAAAGAAGCCAAAAGAGUGGCUGAGGAAAAGGCAUCUGCAGCUGAUGCAGAAGCGAAAAAACUGGAUGAGGAGAAGGCAUCUGCAGCUGAUGCCCAAAGAGAAGCUGAGCUGAAAGAAGCUGAAAACAAGAGGAUCGAGGCUAAUAAGAAGAAGGAAGAAGAAGAUAAAGCUGAAGCAAUGAAGAAGGAUUUAGAGGAAAGAAAGAAAGAAUAUGAAGAAAAAAUGAGCCAGCUUAUGGCUAAAAACAACAAAGAGUUGAUAGAGGAAGCGGAAAGGAAAGAAGCUGAGAGAAAGAAAAGAGAAGAUGAGAGAAAGAAAAAAGAAGACGAUGAUGCCACAAAAGCAAUUGCCAUGGUGGUUGAAAAUGUAAAUGCUUCAGAGAGUGAAGCUCAAACCAUUGGUGGUAAAGGCACAAAAAGAGGAAAGAAGACAACAGCUACCAAGAAGAACACCAUUCUAAGUAUUACUAUGGAUGAAGAACUACAAAAGAAGUUGCACAACAUAUCAGAUUCAUACAAUCCGAGAAGAAGUACAAGAUCAAUGGUGAAAUUGCAACAAAAUGUUGGUGCUGAAGUAGUUAGCAAAGAAGAAUUUGAAGGCAAAGGUAACUAUUUACAUUGUUCAAUCUUAUUUCAAUAAAUAUUCAAAAUAUAUUAUUAUGUAAGUUGUACUUAGUAUUUGUUAAUAAUGUAGAUGUUUCUGGAGUUACUUCCAAAGUAAC